UAUAGCAGAAGAAGAAUGGGGUAAUAACAUCCCAGCAUGCAUUUCGGCGCGCAAAAUUGGAUUCUUGUUUUGGAAUAGCGCACAUAAGAGUAGCGUCAGGGGAGGCUCGGACUGGACUAGAGAAACAUGUUGACAGGCUGCACCAGGUUGUCGUGCAGGACGUAGGAGGAGGGCUGGCUGUGCUUUGGCAGUGAGCGAGUGGAGGAUGAGCAGCCCAGGACCGAGCAGCGGAACAUCCAACCCGACCGACCUCUUCGACGAUCUAUGGAGGCAGCUCCGAGAGAACCAUCGUGAUGCCCUUCGAGAACUGGAAGAAAAAGUGACUAAGUUGAAGAAGGAGCGCUAUUUAGAUGCUCAGAGUCUUGAGGUGUUUCACUUUCGCACCCAGCAGCUAAAGGAGCAAAACAAAACCUUGCAGGAUGCUGUCAGUCGCCUGGAGGAAAGGCUCUGUACAGGAGAAUGUGAUCGAUGUGCCAUCUUAGAGGAGAACCUAAAAAGUAACCAGGAUCAGAAUUUGCGUCUCAUCGCCAAACUGAACAAUGAAAGAGAGAGCCUCGAGGAUGGAAACAGAAAACUACAUGCUGAACUGCAAAAAAUAAAGAUAUCUCGCUUAGAGCCGCAGCAGCCCUCAUCCUCGGAACAAGAAGAAGGCGUCAUCCCAGACUCACCGAUCCUGCCAAGCUCGCUGCCUGUUGCAAACAAACUGAGGAAACGAAAAGACAUCAACAAAAUUAAGCAUGUUCGUUAUGCAGAGGUGCCUCGACCAAACAGGUCGCUCUUCAGUGUACUGGAGCCUGUUGAUGCGACAAAGAAUCCUGGAAGAGCACACAUGCUUGUACCCAACACAUGUGAAUUGGACACAUCCCAAAUCUCAAAUGAUGUGAAUCUAAACCUUGAAGAAGCGAUAGCAGAAACCUGUGGCCUUGAACUUAUAGAUGUGCCUCACAUGAAACCUGAGACAGCUGUAGGCCAGCAGAGCAGGAACCAUGGCUUUCGUUUAAAACCUCACCGCUCAUCCCUUCUAUUCGCGAUGUUCCGCAGUCCAGAGAAGACCACAGAAAAGUCCCCAUCCCUUCUCCAAAGUGUCAAACGGUUUUCAGAGGACGGAGCCCAUAACAAAGCAAAACGGAUGAAGGAGGAGAGUGAGCCAGAGGCACAAGAGGAGGACAAACAAGGAAUCCAGGAAGGGGAGGACAAACAAAAGGAAGGCAAACAAAUGCAACCUGAACUGAUCAAAGAAAGCUCUGCACCUUUAAGCCAUCAAAGCUUGAAGAAGUGUCGGGUGGACAGCAAGGAUCAGUCGACACAAAAUGGGCCAAACGUGUCCUAUACAAGUCCUGCUUUCAAGAAGCCACAUGUUCAAGACAAAGCAAACAAGGACAGUGUUGGGAAGAGAAGAAGUCCCCAGCAGGAUCUGAACGCCUCACAUGACCAACAUAAAGGACAUGAAGGAAGGAAGGUCAAAGUGGAGCCCAUGUGGAGCAUUGACCCCGCGCUCGCCCUGUCCAUGUACGACAGUGAGCGGAGAGGAGACGAGCAAAAGGAAGCCGAAGAGGAGUGUCAUGGUGAAUUAGUAGAUUCCGACCGCACUUGGGUCAGUCACAGUCUCCUCCAGUGUCGGGGAGAAAAUGCCAGAAGGGACAGUGUGUCUGGACUAGGGGAGAAGGCAAACGACAGUUUGGAUAUGAUGUUUGACACAACGGCUCACGGGGAGUACAAGUCUUACAACAAUUCCCACUUAGGCCAGAGCCAGCUGUGUGGUGGUGGAGAUGAAGAAGGAGAAGACGGGGACGACGAUCCUCAUGAAAACACGAUGAGCGAAGGUUACGGGCACAAAGCAGGACGUCCAACAUUUGCACACGUGGCUGUGAUUCGCAAGAAAGACGAGAGACGGAAACUGAAGGGCACCACCUGCAAGGAAUGUGAAAUUUAUUACGCCCAUCUCCCAGAAGAGGCAAAGCAGAAAAAGUUGUCUGCGUGCUCGAGGCACCGGUAUCUAUACAUUCCUCCUUGCACUCCUGAAAACUUCUGGGAAGUUGGAUUCCCGUCAACUCAGACAUGCAUUGAAAGAGGUUAUGUCAGGGAAGAGAAGAGUCCUCAGGCACGUACUCGGAGAAGACAACCCUUGAAUGCUUUAUUCUCCCCGAAGCAAAAACAGGAGGAGAGCUGAAAGGAAAGGAGUGUGUUGAAUGUUUGAAUUGAUCCAUUGACAGACGAGUUCCAGUGUAUGAACAGCUGUCCAGUGUUAGAACUGCACUGGGUGUACAAUGACCUUAUUAAGAAUGUGGACCAUCGUCAUCUUUUUCUUUUUUUAAAGUCUAUAAUGUCGAUGUUCUUUAUGUAUCUAUAGACUGUUUGACUGGUUUGUGUUGAGGUGAGAUUUACUACAUUGGGAGUGUGCUUGGAGAUAAAUAAAAAAACACCAUAUGUC